GCUUCAAGCCCAAUUGAACCCAAGCUCGUCCUAACACGAACCGAGGUUAGGUUUAAAGUAAACUUGCCAAACCCUUCGUCUCGAAGAAACUGGAGGGAAACUCCAUUCGAAGAGUUGUAGAAUUGGCGGUUAAAUCUUCAUAUCAAUUCGAUUCAGUUAUCCACUCCUACUUCCCCCAAUCUCAUCCUUCAAUUUUCAACUUAGGGUUUACCCUUUACAUUCCAACAUGACAAAUUCAGAUCAUCCUCUUCAAAUCAACACCAAAAGACCUAAAUUCACCGUCAAUUGUACAGCAUCUAUACACAUAAACACCUUCGGCACACCAUUAAUAUCCAAAACCACCGGUUCACCGACUGAUUUGAUCCGUCUGGAGCCGAACAAACCGUGCACGAUCGGCAGGGACCCUCGCCGCUGUGAAUUUGUUUAUGAUCAUAAGCAAGUUAGUAAGCAACACUGUCAGAUUUACUUUGAUGCUAAUAAUAAAAAAGUGUGUGUUGUAGAUGGAGUUAUGUGUUUUACUUCUAGUGCUAGGGUUUCACUAAAUGGUGUGUUUGUUGAUGGUGUUAGGGUUGGGAAUGGUGAGGUUAAGGAGUUGUGUGCAGGGAGUGAGGUUUCGGUUGUUUGUGGAAAUGACGGUGGCUGUCGCGGUGGGGGGCGGUUAGGGUUUGUUAUCGAGAGGAUUGUUUAUACGGAAGAGGUUGUUGAUAAGUUCGAUAAGUUUCGUUCGGUUUCGCGUAAUGUUGUUGGUGAAUUAGGUGGUAGUAAAGUUGUUGAUAGUUACGAUAAGUUUUGUUCGUUUUCGCGUAAUGUUGUUGGUGAAUUAGGUGGUGGUAAAGUUGUUGAUGCUGGUUUGGUUUUAAGUAAGUGUCGAGAGAUAUUGUCUAGUGAUGAUCCUGUUUUGUGUCUUAGGGAAUGUGAUAUUAAUGCUUGUGAGUUAAGGGCUAAAUGUGGUAGUAGAAAUAGGUUGAAAAGUAAUUCUUGUUUUACUUCGGGUGAAUUUUCUUCGCGUUCUGCGUUGAAGUUGCGUUCUCGUGAAGGAUUAGCCGUCAAUGAUGAUAAUAAUACUUUACAUACAUCUUAUGCACAUAAUUGUAUAGAUUUAGAGUCGAAUGCUGAGGUACUGUGUUGUAGUGUUAUUGAUGGUCGUUUACAGCAACCGGUAAAUGCCGGAGUCCGUAUAGGGAACUCUGUUUCUAAUGAUAAACGUAGUGAGACAUAUACUUGUGAAGAGAAAUUUAUUCAAUCGGAUGAGUGUUUAAAACCAAAGAACAGGGGUGUUAGUGUUCCUCCACCAGGGAAUAAGUUCUAUCUAAACCGCCUUCAUUUUAUGGUGGAUGAUCAGUCGGAUGAAGUUACCGUCACAUUACCAGAGCUUCUUUAUCCUGUUGAAACCCUUAAACAGGUUUUCAUUGCAACUUUUACAAGUGAUUUAUCAUGGUUCUUAUCUUACUGUGAGAUUCCUGCUCAUUUACCAUUAUCAGUUGCUUGCCAUAACGCCGAAAGGUGUUGGAGUUCAAGCCCUGACAAAAGAACCUCAAGACCUUAUGCAGAUUUUCCGAACUUAGUUGUUAUAUACCCUCAGUUUCCGGAGGUCAUAUCCUUCGGUAAGGAGAAGAAGAAAUUCGGGAUUGCUUGUCAUCAUCCGAAAUUGUUUGUGCUGCAAAGAGAUGAUAGUAUUCGUGUAAUCAUCACUUCUGCCAAUCUUGUGUCUAAACAGUGGCUACGAGUGACAAAUACUGUUUGGUGGCAAGAUUUCCCUUGUGCAAAGGUGUCUGAUUACGUAUCUCUUUUUGCUAAAUCAUCCACCGAUGAAGUAAAUCUAGAUUCAAAAUCAGAUUUUGCCGCUCAACUUGCUGGUUUCAUGGCGGCUUUAUUAGUUGGUGUUCCUGAUCAGGCUCAUUGGAUAUUGGAGUUGACCAAGUUUGACUUUAGCAAUGCUUCUGGACAUCUGGUUGCUUCUGUACCAGGAAUAUAUUCCCCCAAACAUCCAUAUAUAUCAGAAUCCUAUCAUUAUUUAACAGGUCAUCUUUGUACAUCACAACCUCUGAAACGUAUGUUGCUUGGCUCCGUUGAAGCUUCUGUUGUUGGUAUAAGCCACCUUUUUCGAACCUCAGCUGAUUCAAACGGAGCAUUGCUAAAAAGGUUGGCCCGUGCUAUUGGAAAGUGCCACAUCAGCGCAUACGGGUUGCUGGAGGUCGUUUUAAGAAGAAAUUUGAGUAUAGCAGCUGAUGCAAAUGCUAUAAGUGUUGCUAUAUCUGACACACAGGAACUUCCCGAUGGAGGUUGCAUUCAAGUCGGGUUUCUACCCAGAGAUGUUGCAAAAUGGGUCGCUCCAUUAUCAGAUUCGGGUUUGUUCGCCUUUUCUGCGUAUAUUUAUCCAAAAGAAGUGCUUGCAUGUGCUUUAGAAGGAAGCAACAACAAAGCACACCUAAUUCUAUAUGUAUAUCAGGGCCCUAAUUUUGUAAACAUAUCGAAGCUAGUCUCGCCAGCUGUUGCUUCUGCAAUGUGCUCUCUUGUUGCAUCAGUUCAGAGGUGUUCUGGCCUGUGGCGACUUCAUGAGAUUUUGGGUCACUACAAAUGGCCUGAGCAGUGGGAAACUGAUUUUACUUUUGGCUCUUCUUCUGUUGGGGCUGUGAAUGCACCUUUUCUAGCUGCGUUUUCAGCUGCAACUGGAAAACGUUCUUUGCAGCUCUCUGAAUCAGAAGAGUCUGAUCCAGAUUGGGGCUGCUGGAGUGCUAGUCAAGAAUUGAGAAAUCCGUCUAUCAGAAUCAUUUUUCCGACUAUUGAGAGAGUAAAAACUGCAAGUUGUGGAAUCUGGGCUUCAAAAUACAUUCUGUGUUUCUCACAGAAAACUUGGCUGAGGUUGAAACAUUUGGGGAUACUUCACGAUGCGGUUCCUCAUCCUAUUGAUAGAAUCGGGCAUCCCAUGCAUGUUAAGGUAGCAAGAAGACGGUUCCAAUCGAGAACCGGCACAUCAUCAUUCGGAUGGGUUUAUUGUGGUUCACACAAUUUCAGUGCAGCAGCUUGGGGCCGUCCAAUUCAUAGUUCCGGCAUGAAUUUAAACGAAGAUUCUAGAACCAAAUCAGUAUUAGGCUCACGACUCCACAUCUGUAACUAUGAAUUUGGUAUCGUUUUCGUCGUACCGCCAUCAGAAAAUAAACAUUACGCCGACAAAAGUCAUUCGAAUCUGGAUGACAUCACUUUGCCAUUUGUCAUUCCUGCUCCUAGAUACAGACACAUGGACACACCUGCAACAAAGUUUGCCAUGAACAAUCUUGUACGGCAAGAAAGAGAGAAAAAUGUAGAACCGGCGGAUGUUGAAGAAGAAAUACCCGAUGAAGAGGAAGAAGUAUUAGAAGUACCGGAUGUUAUUAUUGAGAAGGAAGAUGACAAGGCUUAUGCUGAAAAGCUUUGGGGUUUAAGUUGAUAUCGAAUUUAAGAGAUAAUUUGGGGUGCUCAACUUUCAUCAUUCGGACUACAAAUCCAGCAACCCGUGUUGUUGGGAUUCUGAAACAAGUAACCCGUCUUCCAUUCGGGUUAGGAAUCUGGUAAAACCUGUUUUAUGUUCGGGUUAUGAAUCAAGUAACCUGUUUUUUAUUCUGGUUAUGAAUUCAGUAACCCAGUUUAUCAUCCAGGCAAUAAUCCAGUAACCAGUUUUUAUUUCGGUUAUGAAUCCAGUAACCCGGUUGAGAUGACAAAGCUUUGAUUCUUUCUGGCAACAAUUUAAGGGUCCAUGGAUCAUGGAUCGAUAGUUUCUAUGACGAUACAGAUAGCAAACUCCUUUGUUUUAUAGGUUGUGGAUUCUUUCUUCAUUACAAUUAACUUUCAAAUAUUUGAAUUUUUUUACAUGAUUAUUUUUGUAACGAUUUAGGAUUUAGGUCACGAGAGUUUGAUGUGUAAAUACUUUGUAGAUUAUUAUGUUUAAUAAAAUAGAGUAAAUUA